CCGCCUCUUUCACACGUAUUCUUUUGCCGUUUGUGUAAGGCUCGAAUCGAUACUUAUCCCUCGCUUGGAGAUGAUGGCUCUCUUCCAAUGGCGGUUCAACUUUCAAUAACGGCGCUGCUCCUCUUUCUUGCCUCCUUCUUUGCUUUCUUCAUCGCCUAUCUGCACGCUAAGCGGCGGAGGUGGCGCUGUCGAGAUUCCGCCGCUGAAUCGCCGCUGUGUCAGCUGGAAACCGACGGUGAUACGUCUCUGCCCCAGCCUCCGCUCUCGUCUGUGGGCGGAGAGGAGGCGGAGAAGCAGAGGGGGGAGGAAGGGAGGAAGAAGAAGAGAGGAAGGAAGAAGCGAAUGGAGAGAAGGCUGGAAGGCGGCGAGGACGCUGCAGCGUGCCGCACGAGUGGGGAGGGGAGAGCGGAUUUUCCCUAUCCAUUUUCUUCAUGCACGAGCGCGACUCAGAGGAAGAUUAAGUUGCAGUACGAUGAGAUAGUGAAGUCCAACGAGGCGAAGGCAUUGACCAUGGCUCAGGUAGGACAAUUUGUGAACUGCCUUGUGGAUGCAAGAAAUGAACUACAGCACAAAUCUGAGAUCAUCCAGCGAAGUUUUAAGAUUAAGAAGGCAUUACUGUUCAAAGCAGAUAAAUCAACUUUCGAUCGACUUUGCCAGCAGGUGUACAAGUUAGAAGCAGAACACAAGAGAUUAGAGGAGGAUGCAGCUGUUUAUAAUCUCCUCCAGGAGCAGCUUAAGCUAUCCCCAGCUUACAAGACGAUACUAGAGGUUGGAACUAGCAUGGAGCCGAAGGAUGCUGUGGACGAGGCCAUGGAUUUCUCUGAAAUAUCUUUCGAGGAGUUACUAGCUCAGGAGAAAAAAGAUUCAUUCUGGGUAAGAAAUGGCAAGCUUAGAUCAAUUUCGAGCUAGAACAAUUGAAGAUCUCCAAUUUAUUCAUCUGUUGAUCUAUGUUUUAACAGUUUGUACAGUUUGUUUUUCUUUUGAUCAUUGACCAUUAUAGGGAUGAUUAGAUGUUUUCAGAUCUGAAAUAGUUGAUGAUGAAGUUCAAACACUAAUUUCUGGAACUUUGAUCUUACCUGGAAUGUAAAUGGAUCUAUUUUGCAUUGCAAUAGUUCUUCCCUACAGUUAAGAGUUGGUAAUGCUUGAAUAUGUAAAAACUUUCAGUGGUAGUAAGCUUCGAUAAGUUAUUU